UAAAUUGUUCGUGCCGCCGCGCCUGAGCGGUGGUCAGGUGUCUGCGGUCAAACCCCAGACCAGCGCUCGGGCCGCAGAGCCGUGCCAGGAUUUUAACAAAUGCCCAGGUGAUGAUUUUAAUUUACCUUUUGUAAUGACGACUGCAGCAAGCCAUGGCGAAAUCACUGAUGCAGAUGCAAUUUCACAGCAAACAAAACUUUGCUCUGAUGUGGACGAAGAGAAUAUGGAAACAAUGAAUGAAUUGUAUUCAAAACUCUACAAAGAGGCUGAGAAGAUUAAGCGAUGGAAACUCGCUGUAGAAUCAGAUCUAAAGCAGAAGGAAAGAAAAUUUCAAGAAAAUAGAAAGAUUAUUGAAGCACAGCGUAAAGCCAUUCAAGAAUUGCAGGCCAGUAUUGCACAACAUGUGUUUAAUACAUAAAUUAAAAAGAAAGCUCUUCCUGAAGUGUGAAAAUAUUGUUCAUACUGUUGAAGAUUGCUAUAGAGGUUGAAGAAAUCAUUUUUAAAAGUUUGUGAUGACUCUAAAGAAACCACUUGGCUUGGAAUCAGUGACAUAUAGUUCUACUGUUUUGAAGGGAAAAAGUGCAUUUUUUGUUUUUAAAAAUGGUUCAUUUUCUUUAACAAUACACAUUCCAUUUUUGCAUUAUUCACAUGUGCAUCAUACUGUAGGGCUGCAGAAACCUCUUCAAGACUGAAUAAGCUUUCAUGCUGCUGGUCUGUGUAAACUAUGCCGAGGCAUAUUUCUAUGCUCAACACAUACAGAAGCAGUGCACUCUUGCUUUAUCCCAGUUUUUUAUCUAGUUGGUAGCAAUGCAGAGUUUCGUGACUGAAAUAUAUAUUUUGAAUAAUUUAUCAGCCCUUUUUACUUCUUGUUGUUGCUGUUUGUUUGCAUUAGAUUUGCUAACCUAAGUCAUCUUUGAUCAUUUAAUUUUCGUCUCAAGAAAAUGGUUCUACUGAGAAGGCAUGCACGUAGUGUGCAAAUGCGUGGCUGGAUAGCAUGCCUUUAAGUGCUUAAGUUCUUGGAGAGUUAUUGCUUUAAUUAUAUUUUCAUACAAACUGUAAUAAAAGCUGUCUUGGUGUGUAAUGUCAGACUAAGCAGAUUUCUGUCUUUGGGAGCAAAUAAAUAAUUUUUAUAUGAGGUUUGAGAAUUGAAAGUAUAUUUCACGUAUAUUUUCCAAUAACAGUGUAUUUUGUAUUUGUCUCCCGUGAAAUUAGUUUGAAAAUGAAAAGCUAAGUUUAAAACUGGAAGAUGAGAUAUGUGAAAAUAAAGAUCUUUUAAAAGAAAACAGUGCUUCAAGACAUCUGUGUAACCUACUCAAAGAAACGUGCAGUCACUUCACAGAGAAGUCCACCAAAUAUGAACAUGAAAGAGAAGAAACAAGACAACUAUAUGAGGAACUUAAUAACAACAUUGAAAGGAUGAUAGCGGCAUUUGAAGAGCUUCGUGUGCAAGCAGAGAACACCAGACUGGAAACGUGUUUCAAGUUAAAAGAAGCAGCAGAAAAAAUGGACAACUUCGAAAAAGAAUGCAAGCUAGAAGUCAGUAUGAAGGAAAAGCAGAUUUCAGUUCUUACUGCAAGGUGUAAUGAAAAAGAUGACGUAAUAAGAGACAUCAAGACUCACCUGCAGGAAUCAAAAAAUAAAAUUGCAGACUUGGAAGAAGCAAAAAGACAUGAAAGUGAAAUGUUAAAGGAGUCUCAGCUCAAUGAAGAAUAUUUGAAGGCAGAACUGGAAGAAGCUAAAAUUUCAUUGCAAAAAACAGAGGCUACUCAAGAAAGCUUAGAAACUGAAUUGCAGAGUACAGUGAAAGCAUUAAUUCAGGUGACUCAGGAGAAAGAAACACAGAUGGAAGAAUGUAAAGAAGCUAAGGCUCUGCACGCAUCCACAAUAGAAGAGUUUGAGACUUCUAUUUACAAUUUAAAAACCCUGCUGCAAGAAGAACAAAAUAGAUUGAAGAAAUAUGAAGAUGAGUCAAAACAGCUUACAUUGGAGCUCACAAAUAAGUCUGCUGAGCUGGAAGAGAUGACUAAACUAAAAUGUGACAAAGAAAUGCAACUUGAAGAGCUGUCUGAAACACUGGGAAAAGCUGAAGAACUUCUAGUGAAGAAGAAAGAUCUUGAGGCUACUGUUGAAAAUUUGCAGAACAGAGAAAACGAAAUGAAAAAUAUUCUUCACGUUAGAGAGAAAGAAAUGUGCGAUCUGAAAGUACAGCUGACUUGUUCAGCUGAAAAGGAACAAAAUUAUUUGAAACAACUUACAACACUGAAUGCAGAUCUUGAACGAGAGGCACUAAAGAAUGAGCAACUAACAGUGAAUAUCAAUACACUGUUAUUAGAAAAAGAACAAAUGGCGCAAGAGAAAAGUGAUAUGGCUACAGAACUCAAGAAACUGCAAGAAAGUCAUGAGGAUCAAAGGGAAAAAGAAGAAAAUAUAAAGCAGUUAGUAGAACACCUGGAAGAAGCAAAUGGUCAACUCAGAAAUGAACUGGAGUCUUUGAGAGAGAAGAUGGCAAAGAGAGGCGAAGAGGUUAAAAGCAAACUGGAUGAAAGUGAAGAAAAUACUAAGAGUAUUGAAAAUGAAAUUUUGAAAAAGGAAAGACAGUUGAAGAUGCUAGAAAAUAAGUUGAAUAAUAUGAAGAAGCAGGUGGAAAAUAAGACAAAGUGCAUUGAAGAGUUGCAACAGGAGAAUAAGGUACUGAAAAAGAAAAUGACUGCAGAGAGCAAGAAAACAAGUAGUUAUGAAGGGAAGGUGAAUAAGUUACAGUUAGAGAUGGAAAAUAUGAACAAGCAACAUCAGGCAACAGUUGACAUUUAUCAAAAAGAAAUCGAAGCAAAAGGAGUAACUGAAAAGAACUUAGUUGAAGAGGUAGAAAAAAUGAGGUUACUUGCUGAUGAAGCAACAAUAGCACAGAGAGAAACUGAUCUCCGAUGUCAACACAAGAUAACUGAAAUGAUGGCACUUAUGGAAAAGCACAAGCGUGAAUAUGAUAAAAUGGUUGAAGAAAAAGAUACAGAGUUAAAACUAUAUAAGAUAAAAGAGCAAGAGCACUCAUCGUUGAAAAGGGCUUUGGAAAAUGAACUAUCAUGUUUGAAAAGUGAACUGUCAUCCCUUAAGGAACAGCUUAAAGCAGAAAUUGAAAACAAGGAGUAUCUUGCAAAACAACUCUCCCAAAAUAUGGCUCCUGAAGCUGAAAAGAAGGACAAGGUAAAAAUACAAACUCAUUUUUCUGAGACUCCUAAACCUCAUGUAGAUCCAGACUCUGCAUCUAUUCAUGUAAAAAAAAUACUGUCUCAGAAUGAUAUUCCUAUAAAAGCAAACAUGAUGGAAAGUAAAAAACCAUCUCCUCCAGCAUUUGCAGAGAGCCCCUUGGUCAGACGAUCGUUAAAGACAUAUAUUGUAAAGACUCCUCCGGUAUAUAAAAUGCAAAGUGAAAGCACAGGUCUGAUUUCAGAACAGAGGAAAAAGCAAAAAGUGCUUCUGCAGCUGGAUGCUCAAUCGGAUAGCUCUGAACAUAGCGACCUCCUGAGCCUUGUUUCAGAGGAAGACGUAUUUAAAAAAUUAUACAAAGAUUAUCCCCAAGCUUCACAAUUAUAUGCAGUGACACCAAAAAAGAAACCAACUACAACAAGCCUGAAUGCUCCAGGCUCUGCACUAAAACUUGCAACCAUGAGAAAAGUGAGAGAGACUGGAUGGACUGCAGUUUCCAAAAUGGACAGGAAGAGAAAAAUUAAAGAAGCUGAAAAACUCUUUACUUAAAAACAAUGAGCAGUGCCCUAGCGUUAUUUGAUUGGUACAGCUGCAGUAUUCUUUGAGCAUUAGUACGUUGUUGCAUUUUUCUGCCAUAUUCGGUAUGUUUAAUACAUGAAUUUCCUCGAUACAGAUAGUCCUAAUAUAACUACAAUCUGCAGAGCAUUUUCAGCGUUUUAUUCAUGCUAUAAAAAGUCUGGAGAUAUUUUAAUACUGAAAUGAGAAUAAUUUCAAA